GCCUUGACCUCCAAUGGCGGCAAAGGCGAUUCUGUUCAUGCAACACAAACGACAAGUCGUUUUUGGCUAUUGAAAACUGACAUGUCAUUCAGUCUUUUCCAGCAGAUCUGUCGUUUAGCCCUUGGUAAAACAACUAGUCGUUCAACAGUUUGCUAGACGAUAGAUAAGUCCUAACUACAGGUUGUUUAGCAAAGAAAAAAAAAAAAACAAUGCUGAUUGCUAAUUGAUCAGUAAUUUUUAUGGUUGUAUUUUAGCAUCUCUUUUACUGUUUUUGUAAUUUCACUUGAGCCCAUGGGUUGUAUGUUGGAGCUAUUUGGUUGGAUGUCUGAACAGACUGAACUCAAGAUGGAGUCGAGUGAAACUCCAGACACUCACAAAAAGGGGAUAGAAAGUCAUGUGACCUCCCAUAGUGAGAAUCCAACUUUCCAAAUCACAACCGUGAAGUUGGAUGGGCUGAAUUAUCUUUCUUGGACUCAAUCGGCCAUGUUAUAUAUUAAGAGUGGAGGAAAGAUGGGAUUCUUGAAUGGGAAAGUGUCUGAACAUAAGGCAGGUGAUCCAUCUUAUGAUAAGUGAGAGGCCGAGGUGUCCAUGAUUAUGUCCUGGUUAUUACACUCUAUGCUACCGGAGAUUAGUCAGGGAUAUUUAUUUCUCCACACGGCAAAAGAAAUUUGGGAUGCAGCUGCUUAGAAAUAUUCAAAAAAUGAAGAAUGCAGCACAAAUUUUUGAAUUGAAGUGACUGAUACAUGAAACAACCCAAGAGGACUGGUUAGAACUUACUUAUUUUUACAACCUUCGUGGUUUGUGGCAGGAGUUGGAUUAUCAAAAUUUGCAGACUGUGUGCAGUAGAUGCUACCAAGAUUAACAAGAUCUUAGAGGGACUUAUUUAUAAGUUCUUAGCUGGUUUGAACUCAAGAGUAGGAUCCUGUGCGAGUUUAGAUUUUGGGAAAGGAACCUUUUUCGUCACUGCGGGAGGUAUUUUCAUAUGCCCAAAGUGAGUAGUCGUCAUAGCACAAUGCUUCAUCCCUGUUCACAAAAUGAAUCUGCUCUAUUAAGUACAUCUCAACGCAAUUUGAAAUGUGGUUUUAGAAGUCGAGAUGGUGGCAGAGUAGCAAAUGCGACCACAGAUGGCAUACUCUGGAAACUUGUUGGCGACUUAAUAGUCGUCCUACCCAAGGUUGCGGGGGUCACACAGGUGGAGGAACCAGGCCUCUGACCAAUCAUACUUCCAUGGUAGAGACGAUUGUUUCCACGCCAAAUGCUAAUCCUCCUCCUGCUAAUAUAGGGGCCUUAGCAAAGAAGAGUUAGAAAGACUUUGUCAAAUUAUGUUUCGACUAGACAUGCCUACUACUGCAUCCUCAUCCUUUGCUCAUUGAAGUAAUUAAGCCACCGCUCUAAAUGCAUCCGCUACUCACUUGAAUGAUUCUUGGGUCAUUGACUCUGGUGCCUCUGAUCAUAUGAACUGGACCUAGUCAUUAGUCAUUGGGAGGAUGAUGGGCAAAGGUAGCUUGAGGGAUGGAUUGUACUACCUGGAUUCUCAGCCCAGGACACAAGGUUGGCUCACAUAGGCUUAUCAUAUUGUGCGGGAGGAUAACUUUGUAGCAAAAAUCUGGCUUUGACAUCAGCGAUUAGGGCAUCGCUCUUUAUUGUUGAAACUAGUGAACUUUCCAAACACCAUAGUGUUUUUCUCCUCGUAUCAAUAAAAGUGCUAAGCCUUUUGUUCUUAUUCAUACUGAUGUGUGGGGGCCCUUCACGAGUGGUUUCUUUAUUUGGUUAUCGGUGGUUCGUUUCUUGUAUUGACAGUUUUUCUUGGACCACGUGGGUGUACUUGUUAAUGGAUAAAAGUGAUGUGCUCUUUGUGUUUCAGAUGUUCCACAAGAUGAUUCAGAUCCAAUUUAAUACCAAUUUUGAUAUUGUUUGUUAUGACAAUGGAGGUGAGUAUAUCUAAAGUGAUCUCAGGAUGUACUUUUGCGAACAUGGCAUUAUACAUCAAACCAUCUGUGUUGAUACUCUUCGGCAGAAUAGGAUUGUUGUCGCCUGGUUGUCUGGGAAUUAUCAUAGCAGCUCCUUAUUUUGCAGAAAAAUUGACAUCUUUUAGAGGUACCUCAAUCCUUAAUGCUUGGUAUGCAUGUUCCCAAAUCUUAUUGGAGGGACACCUUACCCUUGCAUAUCUCAUAAAUAGGAUGCCUUCUUGAGUCUUAAAUUUUAAAACACCAUUUGAAGUAUUGUCCCCAACUUUCUCUACUUCAAAAGGUGUCUCUCCAGAGGUGUUUAAAUGUGUUUGUUUUGUCCUUGUUCAUAGUCCUAUUCGGGUUAAAUUAGAUUCUCGGGCCCUCAAACUUGUCUUUGUAGACAUUGCACUAUGGCCGGCCUUUUGCUUUUAGUUAAGCAUGUGAAUAAUCAAUCUUGAGAUACGAGUCUUUUAGUAUACUUGCAAGGAGGAGACCCCAAAAGGGGUAUAAAAUGUUAUCAUCCCCCAUCAAGAAAACAAUUUGUCUUAAUGGAUGUUACUUUCUUUGAAACACAAUCCUAUUUCUCCUCUUCUAGGGGAGAGUUUGAGUGAAGAGGAGUCUUUUAAUCUGUUACAUGUUCCCACCCUUAUACCUAAGCAUGAGAAACAUCAAUUUACUAUUGAGUCUCCCAUUGAACCUACUGAUAAGUCACAUGCGCCGCUUGGGGAAGAGGUGAAAGUUUACUUCAAACGCCAUAAAAGUAAGACUAUCCUUGAUGCUACAUGCCAAACAUUUGAUCUUGACUCAGCUAGGGCUGGCACUUCAGAAAAUGGUUCUUUCUUUUAUCCUGUGGAAAAUAUGUCUGUAGAUGGAGCGCAUUACACUUCUCACUGGAGCCCUGCACCAAGGUCAAUCGGGUAUCCUUCCUCGAGUCACAAUGUGGAAGUACCACCUUAUCAACCCGAUCCUCCUGGCCCAUCGCAUGAGCCUUUUGCUCAUCUGUCACCUGCUGGAACAUUCUCUACUGCUCCAGAUACUUAUGCACAACACGCAUCUUCUUCUAAUUAUGACAGGCAGCCAUUCCAUUGUGGUGAGGGCAGUUUUAUUGAUCUUACAGUGGGCAGCGGAAGGGGGCCUCACAAGCGAAAAAGUCCUGGAAACCCUUCAGUCUGUGAGAGAGGCAGUACAAGCAGAUACUACAAUGCCGGAAGUUCCUCUGAUCUUCCAAUAUCUUCUGAAAUGCGGCUGGAGAAACCUAAUAUAGAUGCUCAGCAUCUGCCUUGGGAUCACUUUAACGUGAAUCCUGUUUAUAGAGGCAAUGGCCUUUCAAUUAGGGUUGAGGAUUCUUUGAGGAAUGUGAGAAGCCGAUCUGCACUGGAUUUGGAAUCAAACCUUGCUAGGACCCAUUUGUCAAGCAAUCCUCCGCACCCUUCUUAUUCUGCUAGCCACCCCAUUGAACAUUCUAGCACUGUGGAUCCUCUGGUUCAGGGUUCUAAUUCUAUGACACGGGAUUGGAGUCAUAUUAGCGUGUCUCCUGCUCCUGGAAGAGUUCUAGUUUCAGAUACAAGCAGCUUCAAUCAUGAGACAAAUCAGCUCCUUAUAGGAAGCGGUGCCAGCAACUCUUCUGCUGAGAUUGGGGGAUACCAUCAUGAUUUUGUUGCAAGCAGAAAUCCAGUUGCUCCUCAAAGUUUUCAUGCUAACUCAACCCAAUCUGUGAGAGGAGUUCGUAGUAGCUUUACUCAAAGAUCUGGCCCAACUUUCAGGGCUUCUUCAAGCAGCUUACGCCUGGGACACGUGGCACCUUCAGAUGAAGGACUACAGUUGGUAGCUGAAAGUCACUCCUCUAGACAUCCACGGCCAUUAUCUACCAUAGGGUGGCGUAAUGGUGAUAGGAAUGGGAGGUCAAGGAUAUCUACUGAAAGAUAUCGAUCCUUACCUGACGAGGCAGGUCUCCAUGAUCGAUUUUCUUCUGAGGGUUUUAUGAUUGUGGAUCGCUCAGCCAUGUAUGGGUCCAGAAAUAUGUUUGAUCAGCAUAGAGACAUGAGGCUAGACAUAGACAACAUGGGCUAUGAGGAACUUCUUGCACUAGGGGAAAGAAUAGGGAAUGUGAACACAGGUGUGUCUGAAGAUUUAAUAUCAAAGUGUUUGAGAGAGACAAUUUAUUGUUCCUCGGAUCAAACCCAAGAGGAACCAACUUGUGUGAUUUGCCUGGAAGAGUACAAGGAUAUGGUUGGUGUUGGGACUCUGAAAACUUGUGGCCAUGACUACCAUGUUAGCUGCAUCAAGAAAUGGUUGUCUAUGAAGAACCUGUGUCCAGUCUGCAAAGCUCCUGCUCUGGCUGAUAAUACCAAGGACAAAUAACUUAUCAAUGUUGUAUGUUGUUCACUAUAAUUCUCAUUCUUGUAUAUAAAUAUAUAUAUUUGGAGAUGAUCCUCGAAUAGAGGGAACAAAUUUCUUUUGCUAGCAUAUGCCAAUCCAUUGUUUCUGGCUUCCAUCUUAAUUAUGUGAAGCCUCUAA